AUGGAACUACAAAAAAAUGUUAAGCAUGGGGAGUUAUCUUUUCUUGAAAAAGAUGUUCGUAAUUUGUUUAGUAGAGUUAAGAGGGAGCUUGACAUGGAUGAUAUAAAAAAUCUUUUUGAGCAUAUGAAGUUGGCAAAGCAAGAAAGUCCACUAUUUCAAUAUGCUUACACAAUUGAUAAUGAAAACAAAUUGGAAAAUCUAUUUUGGUGUCGAGCUCAAAGUUUUGAUUGCUACCAAAAGUAUGGUGAUGUAGUGGUUUUUGAUACUACCUACAAAGUUAAUUCAUAUAACAUGCCUUGUGGAAUAUUUGUUGGUAUUGAUAAUCAUGGGAAGACAAUUUUGUUUGGGUGUGCUCUCCUUCGUAAUGAGACAACAUCAACUUUUAAGUGGUUAAUGAAGACCUUUGUUACUAUUAUGAAGAAAGUACCAAAAACUAUCUUAACCGACCAAGAUCCAUGGAUGUCAGAAGCUACAACAAUUGAGAUGCCAAGCACAAAACAUAGUUUUUGUAUUUGGCAUAUCACUUCAAAAUUUAGUUGUUGGUUUGCUGCACUCUUACGUGAUGACUACCAAACUUGGUGUGGUGACUUUUACAAGCUAUACAAAAUGACAAAUCCCGAAGAGUUUGAACAACAUUGGCCUCUAAUGGUAGCAAAGUAUAACAUGGAAGACAAUAAACACAUUCAAGGUCUAUACGAAAUAAGAGGUUUUCGGGCACCUGCUUAUCUCCGUGAUAGUUUUUUUUGGAGGGAUGAUAACUACCGGAAGAUCGGAAAGUAUAAACGCGUUUAUCAAGCGGUGGAUAUUGGUGUUGAAGAAAUUAUUCAAGGACAUGCACAUUUGAGCUUGAAUGCCUUAAUUAAACCAACUUCUUUGAAAACAAAGUCACCUUUGGAAGAACAAGUUUUUGGAGUGUUUACGCCAUUUGCUUUCAAAAAGUUUCAAGAUGAACUUACAAGGGCAACCUUAUAUUCUAUUAUUCAUGUAGAAGGUCAUGAGUUCACGGUGAGAUAUUAUGAAGGUGACGAUAAAAUCUCUCAUAGAGUCUUUUGGGAUGGAAAAAAUACAGCCAUGUGUAGUUGUAAAAUUUUUGAGUUUUGGGGUAUACUUUGUCGCCAUAUAUUACGGGUGUUGUUCCACAAAGAUUGUUUCAAGAUCCCUUUAUCCUAUCUACCUCUACGAUGGUGUUGUGAUGCAUUGCAAGAUACUACUAGUACUCAAGAAGAUGCAUUACAAGCUAAUAUUAGUACUCAAGAAGUUGUACAAGAAGAAAUGUUUUCCGUAGAGGAACUUACUCCGACGAUUAAUGCAUCCAUGGGUGAUGUGUUGUGCCCUCCACAAUCCAAAACUAAAGGGCGUCCCAAAAAGAAACGUGAGAAGGGUGGAAAAGAAGUAGCAAAAAAGAAGACUAAGAGUUGUUCCAUUUGUAAGCAACCUGGUCAUACAAAACCUACAUGCCCUUAUAAAGAAAAUAUUUUACCUCACAAACUACAAAUGAUGAUUGAAGAAUGA